AUGCCUAAGGAAGGGAUGGGGGUCACCCCAUUCCACUUGGUAUAUGGAGGAGAAGUCGUCGUUCCUGUCGAAAUCGGAAUAGAGUCCGACCGGAUCCGACGCUAUAGCGAGGACAACGCCGAACGAAGGCAAUUGGAGCUAGACCUGGUGGAUGAAACACGAGCCAAGGCAGCCAUCCGGUUGAUGGAGUAUCGACAAAGAAUGAAACAGAACUACAACAGACGGGUGGUACCCAGAUCAUUUCAGGUCGGCGACUUCGUUUGGAAGAAAGUCAAGCCGGUCGGCGACGUCACCAAAUUGGAGGCUCCAUGUGCUGGACCAUUCAAGGUUGUGGAAAAGCUCCGCUCAGGGGCAUAUUAUCUGGAAGAUGAGAACGGGCGUCGACUAGAGCGCCCGUGGAGUGCUAACCACUUGCAGCCAUAUCGAGCUGAAUGA